CAACUGGUUUUAUCCCUGAAAGAUACUGGGAAGGAACAGAGACGUGGCCAGACUAUGUGGACUAUCCUUCAGAAACAUCACCAUUCUACAGCACCGAAAAAGACGACCAACAAGAGUACGGAGACUACAGCAAACAUGGUGUAACUGGUCGCACUGGGAAAUACCAAGCGCCUACAAGACCAUCUUCACAUCCUAGCAACACACAUGCUGCGGGACCAAGACAGCGAAACUUUCUUUUGGAUAGAUUGCUGUCAAAAUCUUCCAACAUGAAACACAGGGACAAGGUACAAGACUAUCAACUUGGACUUGAUGUCAUACCGGCUGUGCACAAAAAGUCGCCACUAUCCCCUGAAGUCCUUAAAGACAAUUUAAGGAACCGGGAAAGGACAUCUUCUAAGACUAAAGCUUUCAGACCACCUGUUAUUCCUAUGAGACCCAAUUUCAUCAACGCCUCUGAACCCAUCCAAAAUAACGCGCGAAACUCUUCGCCAAACGACUGUAUGAUAAACGUCAUCUACGCGUCAUCUCUGACGUUUCUCGUCACCGUUGCCAUGGUGAUGCUCCUCUACCUCGUCCUAGUGCGCAUGUUCAGACGGCGCCGCUUCAAGCCCCACGAUUGGUGGAUGGCGGGUCAGGGGUCAGAGAAGGGCGACGAUGACGUCAUGAGCCUGUUCAAACCGUUGUUUCAUCUGGCAGAGGAAGACGAAGUGUUUCAAAUCGGAGGGACACCUCGGUCAGGCACGACAUCGUCUUCUGAGGAGGAUUCGCUCAUGAAGAGUCUCAACAAGAAAAACAAGAAGUUGACAAGAGCGCAAGAGAAGAAGGGACCUGGUGAAAUGGACGCACAGCAGAAUUUGAGAGAAAGUCGCACAGAGAGAUGGGUGGAGAGUGUUUCACAACUAACUCAUGACCAGGGCACCCAGGGCUAG